AAGAUUACGGUAUCAAAAUGCACUUUACCAAGCUCGGAAAAAGAAACAAAUCUUACAAGUGAAGUCACAUACGUUAAGCCCAAUAGUCACAUGUAUCCUGAAUAUAACAAAUUAACAACUUGACCCUCAGCCAAAGCAAAAAGAACAAAACAAAAAGAAAAAUAAAGGAGCAGCUACUCAUUUUUCUCGCGGGUAAAACACAAAGUUCUCCACCGACUUUUGCGGGUACCAAACUGUCAAGCAAGAGAUGAUGAAGAUGAAAUUGGAUAAUUAUUGGAGCAAAAUACUCGGUGUAGUGGAGAUAAUGAAUGGAGGUUUCUUAUCUUUUUGUUGGGGUUCUGGGGAGUUAUCAAAUCCGUUUUUUUUUUUGGAUUUUUUUGGGCUAGGUCUGAGGAAUAAAUUGAAGAUAUUAAUUUGAGGUAGAGGGGGGACGAAAGUGAAGAAGCACAGAGAAGGAGUAGCGGAUUUCAUGCGAGCAAAUCUUGGAGCAGUGAAGUUCUUGGCAUCUUCCUUUGUAAUCCUCAAAUUGAGUUUGCUAAAAGGACUCGUGCUCAAAUACUGGAGCAAGCUCGUCAGAUUCCGUUGCCUCUAAGUGAGAGUUCAUCUUCGGAAGAGGAAACUGAAGAAAUUUUUGAGAUGGUUGACCGUACCUUAAAGCAGCUUGCUUUUCCUACAUUUGAUCCUAAUUUGCUGUGCAUAUUAGAUGGCGGGACAAAAUGUGAGAUCAAGCCUGGACUGAUCAGAGCAUUACCCACAUUUUUAGGUUUUCGCAAUACUAGUUCCUUGGGUUCAGUUUACAUGAAUGAGGCGAACAGAUUUUUGAAGGAAUUUCACAUAGCAUGUUCGGGGAUGAAACCUGCUGUUGUAACCCUUGAUCAGAUCAAGUUAAAGGCAUUUCCUUUUGCUUUAGCUGAUGCUGCCAAGGAGUGGUUGUUCGGACUGCCUGCAGUAACCAUCACAACCUAGGCUCAAAUGCAAGAAAAAUUCAUAGAAAAAUAUUUUCCAGCAUCUUUAGCAGCAAACAUUAGGAAAGAAAUAUGUGGGAUUCGACAAGAAGAUGCAGAGACACUUCAUGAGUAUUAGGAGCGUUUCAAAAAGCUAUAUGAUAGCUGUCCUAACCAUCAGAUCAGUGAGCAAUUGCUAGUGCAAUACUUUUAUGAAGGGCUCACGGAACCGGAUCGGAACCUAAUUGAUGCUGCAAGUGGCGGAGCAUUGGUUGAUAAGACACCCAUAGAGGCAAAGACAUUGAUUGCAAACAUGGGCAGCAAACUCUCAAUAUUGAGGAGGUUGAAAUAUCAAGUCUGGUUUUGUACAUCAAGUUAAUGAAGUAAUGAGUUCUAACUUUGUGUAACAAUUAGCUAACUUUGUGUAACAAUUAGCUAAAAUCACUUCCUUAGUGGAGCGAGUGAUGAUCGAAAAAUGGUAAGAAAAAUUUUGUGGCAUAUGUUCGAUACCAGGACACCCAACUAACAUAUGCCCCAUUAUGCAAGAGGAACAAGUGAAUUAUGUUGGUGAUGUCCAGGGGCAGCAAAGAUGUUAUGAUCCGUUCUCUCAGACCUAUAAUCCGGGGUGGAGAGAUCAUCCAAACCUGAGAUAUGGAAAUGUUCAGCAACAGACCAACAACUCCAACCUCAGACAACCAGCUUUCCAGCAGCAUCAAGCAUCUAAUCCUCCACCUGGUUUUCAACAACAACCGCAAUGUCAGCCGCGACCUCAAAACCACCAAGUUUCCCAGCCACAAUCUGGUAGCUUGUCUCUGGAAGAAAUCGUGAAGGCAAUGGCUGACAACACUUUGCAUUUUCAGCAAGAAACAAGAAGUGGAUUAAAGAACUUGGAGAACCAAGUUUCUCAGUUAGCUAACACAGUGGGAAAGCUCCAAGCUCAGAACUCUAACAAGCUUCCAAGUCAACUAGAGAGAAAUCUGAAGGAGAAUGCAAGCGCCAUAUCACUUAGAAGUGGCAAGCAGUUGGAGGUUCCAGAAAAAAGCAACAGUGAAGUGUUGGCAGAUUACCAAGAGGAACAAGAGACUGUUGUUCUAGGAAAAAAUGAGCAGCCCUCCAAGGUAAGUGAUGUUGUUUCAUCUAAAACUAACCAUUUUUCUUCUUCUGUUCCUUUCCCUAGCAGGUUAACUUCUAAGGAUAAGAAGAAAGAGAUGGAAAAGGAGGUGCUAGAUGUAUUUCGCAAGGUAGAGGUGAACAUACCUUUACUAGAAGCCAUUAGACAAGUGCCACGUUAUGUAAAGUUUCUAAAGGAUUUGUGCACUAACAAGCGGAAAUUGAAUGGAGAUGAAAAGGUCAGUGUAAGUGAGAACGUAUCUGCAGUUAUAUAGAGGAAAAUUCCUCCCAAGUGUAAGGAUUCAGGUAUUUUUACUAUACCUUGUAGAAUAGGCAACACGAGAUAUGAGAGGUGCAUGUUAGACUUAAGAGCUUCUAUUAAUGUGAUGCUUUUAUCUAUUUAUAAAGCUCUAAACUUAUAACCUUUAAAAGAUAAUCGUGUGAUUAUCCAACUUGCUGACCGUUCUAAUACUUAUCA